AUGAAGGCCUCAACUGCCGCCGUGGCCCUCGUGGCCCUCCUGGCCAUCUCCUGCAUUGCGGAGGCUGCUGCCAACCGCCAGCUGAUGCAGCCUAAGCCGGCCCCGAAGAUCGGGUUCUGCCGCACCAGCGCCUAUACUGUGGACUGCACGAAGACUGAGGGCAUCAAGCGCAAGAUGUUCGCUAUCUGUGGCAAGGGUGUCAUCCGCGCUGUUGGCAAGUACGUCCCUAACCGCAACGGCUGCGCGUGCUCAGUGGUUCAGAAGGUCGACACCUCCGAUGCGUGGGAUGCGUUCCAGGCCUGCCAGGAGACCAAGGGCAAGGAUGACUUUGCGCUUCUGCAGAACACCCGCUGCAAGGCUGGGCAGGCCAAGGGCCCCUGCUAG